UUCACUCUCUCUCUCUCUCUCUCUCUCUUUCUCUCUAUCUUAGUCAACCGAUUUCCCAUUGCGUUCCCCUCAUCUCUCGAUCUUUCCUUCUUCCAUCCACCCAAAUUCCCUCCUCCCCACCUCCUCCAGUCGAUAUCUCUCCGACUCUUGAUCGAAUCUCCUCUCCAAAGAUCGUAUCUUUGAUUCUCUUUUCUUGUUUUUUCAAACUCCCCCACCCAUCUCUCUCUCUCUCUCUCUCUCUCUCUCUCUCUCUCUCUAUAUAUAUAUACACAGCGCCCCGAAACCCCCUCCCUCCUCCUCCUCUUCUUCGCCUCUCGGAGUGGAAGACGACUAGAAGCAGGCGGCGGCGACCGGUGCUUCGGUUCUUUUCUCUCCGAUCCAUGUCGUUUCCCGACGACCCCGACGACGCCCAUGUGCUUCCUGCCCCGUCGGACCCCCGUCUCGCGGUCUGCCUCCGCUCAGAACCGCCCUCCGGUCGGACCCUUUACGGCCCCCGCAACCCUAGAGGCCGCCUUGGCUCGCCUCAGCCUCCUGCCUUGCUCCGGUCACGAGACGUGCGUUUAUCCGGGUCGCGUCGAGCUGGAUGACGGGGUGGACGAUGUGUCCUUGGCUUUGAAGGGUAAUGAGCUGAGCGGCUUGAGCCGGCGCAGCUUCAGUAUCUGGUCCCCGGAUUAUCGCCACCCCGGGGACCAUCGGAGUCUGCUAGGGUCUUGUCCUGAUGGGCGAGAAAUUUAUGGGGCGGCCGAGGCCGAAGUGCUGCGUCCAGCGUUUAAUACUCUUGGCCAGGUUGGUUUGUAUAGGGAUGGGUCAUGGGACUAUUAUACGGAUAGGAUUAGCCAAGUCUCGCCAAACACAAAUCUUCCGCAGCAAAACGGGUUGUUAAACGAUUACUCCAGGAUUUAUUCAGGUGUGACUGAUAAUGGAUAUCAUGUAAACGGGCUUGUUUCCGGAAGUAGUCCGAAUGAUAGGAGGGCGCAAUUCCUGCAAGCAUCAUUCAACUGUACAUCUGUAGAAGCUAUGCGAGGCCGAGUAGAGUCCAUUGCCAAAGAUCCAGAAGGUUUCCGGAUUUUACUCUCCAUGAUGGAGAGGAUGGACAGGGAUGAGACGGAACUAGUUUUCUCGGAGAUUAUUCGACGUGUCGGCGAUUUGAUGACCGACCCUUUCGCUAACCAUGUGGUGCAGAGGCUCUUCGAAGUCUGCAGUGAGGAACAGAGGAAGCAAAUUUUGUAUGCGGUGACCUGGAAUUCUCAAAUUGUUAGCAUAUGCCUUAGCACAUAUGGGAUUCGUUCUGUACAGAAGUUAAUGAACACACUUACCACUCGUUGGCAAAAGAAUGUGGUUAUACAUGCCCUCGCACCUUUUAUGUAUCAAUUGAUCAAGAACGCUGUCGGUCAUCAAGUCAUCCGGCACUGCCUUAAGGUCUUCUCUAAUGAAGAUAAUGAGAUCCUUUAUGAUCUGGUGGCUACUAAGUGUUUUGAGAUUGCAAUUGAUAAAAGUGGAUGCUGCAUUCUGCAACAAUGUGUUGAACAUGCGCAAGGAAAGCAAAGAGAUCGCCUCGUGGCUGAAAUUACAAGCCAUGCCCUUCUGCUAGCUGAAAACCGCUAUGGCAACUAUGUGGUACAACAUCUGCUGACUUUGGAGAUCCCACAAGCUGCUGAUGAUCUUCACAGACAGUUCCUCGGCAGCUAUGUAAAUCUAUCCUGCAAUAAGUAUGGUAGCAAUGUGGUGGAGAAAUGCUUGACAGAGAUGGGAUACAACCAAUUCAAACAAAUUGUUGUGGAGUUGCUUGAAGAAUUCCUGAAGGUGCUCUUGGACGAAUUUGGAAACUACGUCAUCCGAAGGGCAGUUGAGGUGUCCAAGGAGCAGCGGCAGACCCAAAUCUACUACAUUUUGUCAGCGGAGCUCAAGAGAUUGGAUCCACAAAUCAAGAGCAAUCCUUAUAGCAAGAAGGCGGUCUCUCGGCUCGAGAAGCAGAACAUAUUGCCGUGAUGAGGAUAUGUGUUUGCUCAGAAAGUAAAGCUGCAUAUUUUGAUUUCUGCCAGUUGGUCUUUAGGCUAACCUUCCUGUUGGUGUUUGUUGUUGUUGUUGUUGUUGUUGUUGGGUCUUAGGCUAAUAAGUUCUCCGUGCCCCCCUGGUGUUUGGUGUCCAGUGUUCAUUUCCUCAUUUGUGGCUUGUGAAAUAGGGAGACAUGUUUGAGU